AUGGUGGUGAAGAGUAAGGAGAAGUCUCAACACCUCGCCGACCUUGCAGAGAUGUUCGCCAUACUUAAGCUCCACAAGCUUCGCUUGAACGCCACAAAGUGCACCUUCGGAGUUGGCACCGGAAAGUUUUUGGGUUUUUUGGUCGCAAAUCGAGGGAUUGAAGCUGACCCAUCACAGAACAAGGCCAUACAAGACCUAGAGCGUCCCAACUCUACGAAGGACGCAGACUUCACUGGAAGAAUUUUGAAAUGGGCCGUGGAAUUAGGACAAUAUGACAUCAAGUUUCGAUCGCGCACCGCAAUCAAGGCUCAAGCACUUGCCGACUUUGUGGUGGAAUUUGCCCCUGGGAUGCAUCCAGUAUGUCCGGUUGAUUUGGCUGGUGCGGAUUUAGCAUAA